GGGAUAUCAGGUGCCACUUUUGAUCUCUGGAAGUGAUCAAUUAAAAUGCAAAACAAACACUGUAUAACCUAGGUGAACGAUGUUCAGUCAUUAGGACUUUCUAUAUAUUGAACUGGUCACAUUCCAGUGCAACCUUUUUGGGGAUUUCACCAUGUUGACCGAACUGACCCGUGUGGACCUGUCUUGCGACCAAGAGAUGAUGAUGACUAGUUUUGAAGAACUUGGAUCCUCCUCUUCGUCGCUGUCGUCUGAUUCAGCAUUUGCAGAACAACUUACGUCUCCCGUGGAAUCGUGCGAAGACCAGAUCUGCGAAGGAUGUCACGAACUUAUCUUAGACCGAUAUUUCCUACACGUCAAUGGCGCCAGUUGGCACUCAAGUUGUCUCCGAUGUUGUGUCUGCUGUCUUCAGCUGGACCAAGAGGAAAGCUGCUUCGUCAAAGAUGACAAUAUUUACUGCAGACAAGACUACAUCGGUGAAUUUGGAACGAAGUGCUCUAAGUGUUUGAGGAGGAUACAGUCUACAGAUUGGGUCAGGCGAGCCCGGGAUAACGUGUACCACCUUGCCUGUUUUGCUUGUGAUACGUGCCAAAGACAACUUUCCACGGGAGAGGAAUUCGCCCUGAAUGGGGACCAAGUACUAUGUCUACGACACUACACAUCGCUCAUCGAGGGAGGGACAGAACAAGAUUCAGAACAGAGCAGCAAACCAAAGGCCAAAAGAGUGCGGUCGUCAUUUACUGAAGAGCAACUCCAGAUCCUUCAAGCAAACUUUAGGAUCGAGAGCAACCCCGACAGCCAGGAGUUGAACAGGAUUGCUCUUACGGCAGGAGUCAGUAGGCGUGUUGCACAAGUUUGGUUUCAGAACGCACGUGCCAGACAGAAGAAGCAACAGAUAUUCGUCAGCAACCAGAACAGUCGCAUCAACUCAAAAAGUUAUUCCAAUGGACAGUGGUCAAGUGGUUCCGAGGGCCAACUCAGCGAUUCCACAUCAGAGUGACGUUCCCAUAACAGAGUUAUACCGCUUUGACCCAUCUGAGUGCAUUUCCUGUGAUCAACUUGUACAAUGAACAUACAGCACAUAUUUUGUGUUAUUCUGUAGAUCUAUUUAUCAUGCAUUAUGCUUUUGUUAUCUGUUGAUUAUUAAAUUAUUGAUAUUUAUAUAUAA